AUGUUGCCUCAAAACAAGGACCAGGUGCUGCUACAGAACGCAGCGCCCCCUGGGCGCCCCCCUCUGGGCCCCUCACAACUUGUGGACUCCUCAUCCAGCAACCUACAGCCUCUGCCUCCCCAGCGACCACCCCCUCUCUCCCACUCUCCUUGCUCCCCUCCGCCACGGUCCCACUCUCUAGGCUCCCAUUUCUACUCUUCUGACUCAAAUUCUGACUUUAUCCUACACCCUUAUUCUUCCUCUCUCCCAAGCUCCCCCAGUUUCUUUCAUCAGAAUUACUUCUCUCUUUCCCACCCCCCCUCUUCCUCUCCCUCCCACCGGCCAUACCCCUCCCCUACUCACACGCAUUCCUCCUCUCCCUCUCAGCUACAGAACACCUCUCUCCCCCACUCUCAUUGCCAGUCUCCUUCCCCCCCAGGAGACUGCCCUAGCUCCACCGUCACUUCCCCGACCCCCAGCCUACCUUCUGGUGGGGUCCACUCAAACAGGCAGACAUGGCCCUGGCAUCACUACGGGGACACCGGCUCCCCUGGGGCAGUGGGAGAAUGCGUGGCAAGCGAGAGGGACCCUGCGGAGUUCCGGGACCCAGGAGCCCUGGCCCAGGCCCUGGUGGUCCAUCUGGGGCACCGGCGCAUCGCACACGACCUGCGGUUACUGCUUUUGCAGCGCCUGUGGCUAGGCAGGACCGGCCAGGCCCCCGUUGUAGAAUAUCCCAUAUGCCUGGUGUGCCUCAAGCCCCGCAGCCCCUCUUGCCCCAUCCCCAGGUACAGGACUGGACCCCGGCUGCUUGCCUUCCCCCAGCUACUGCCCUGUGCACAGGGCCAGGAAUCCGGACCACUCCGCAUAGGCAUUGGCUUUGGCCUCCGCCUGCCUCGGGGCCAGGCCAGGGCCUUGCAUCUCUUGCCAGAAAGAAAGUCAGAGGAAGCAGGGCCUCAGGGCAAGGCUGUUCAGGCCCAUGGAUAUCAAACCCGGGCAUCCCAGGCUCCAGCAGCUCAGGCAGCAGUGGCUCAGGCGUGGACCCAUCCAGCCCGCGGCACACCCUCCCAGGCCGCGAGUCUCAGAUCUACAGGCCUCCAGUCACCAAACUCUAUGUGCUUUUCAGGGCCUCUACCUCAGGCACCCAAACAAGCCACUGUCUCCCUGAAACCCAGGCCUUUCUCUGCGUCCAAGGGGCCUGCCUCUCCAGAGCCCAUUCUCCGAAAGUCACCACCCUAG